AUGUCCUUAGAACAUAUUCGCGGAGUCGGAGUUGUGCUUGCCGCUGAUGCUACAAGCCGUCAGUGGCAACAUGGCUUGUUUUUGGUUGCAGGGUUGGCGCAGAAGGCAGUUCAAGCCAACGCAAUCAUUUAUAACUCAUGCGAAAGUGCUUGCAACACCCUGGAUGGAUGGCAACGCGGUCUCUCGUUGAUGCACAAAUUGAGUUGUGAGAAUUUGCAGGCAGACAUCAUCUCUUUUAGUGCUGGGAUGAGCUGUGGGAGGCUUGGGAACUGGCAACAUGCACUCUGCUUGCUUGAGUCGGCAUGGAUCUGCAGCAUCCAGGGCAACGCAGUUUCUUAUGGCAUCGCCACGAGUUGCUUGAGUGUUUGGCAGCAAUCCUUGUUUCACGAGAUGCGACUGCGCCAGAUUGAGGCCAACAUGGUGAUUUACAACACGAGCUUAUCCGUUGCGGAGCAACAAAGGGGUUGGAGGUGGCAACUUGCGUUGCAGCAGCUGAGUCACUUAGAGAAUGCCAAGCUACAGAGCAACUCACGCACUUGCCAAGCUUUGGCGAGUUCAACUGGAAAAGCUUCUGAAUGGACACGUGCAGUCCAAGUCCUUUCGUUGAAUAGGCAACGAACAUGCAAUGUUGAGUUGCUAACGACAGUUCUAAGUGCUUGUGAACAGGGAAACCAAUGGGAGAUCGCCUUAUGCUUGCUUUGCCAAAGCGAACAGCAGAGAGUACAGGUGGAUGUUGUCACAUAUAACACUGCCAUUAGUGCAUGCGCCAAGUGUGGAAGGUGGGAGCUUGCUUUUAUUCUUUGGGAGCGGCUCGCACGGCUUGGCUUGAAAGAAGAUGGAGUUACCUUUAAUGCAGUGAUGAAGUCUCUUGGGCAAAGCGGGCAGUGGAGACGAGCUUUAAGUCUUCUUGGUUCUGGGGAAAUGGAUGGCCGCAAAGUGGAUGUGAUUACAUUUGCAUCUGCCAUGGUUGCCUUUGAAGGAAGCCAAUGGGAUCAGGUUCUUGGUUUGUUUGCAGAUGCCUUGGACAAGAAGCUACAGGCUAAUGAGGUUUUGUACAACACAGCCAUAAAUACGUGUGGGGCUGGGCUACAAUGGCUAGUUGCUUUGGACCUGGUACACUCCAUGUCCAGUAGCUUGAUUCUACCAUCUGUUGUCUCGUGGGACUCAGUGAUGCUGGCAUGUUUGGGCAAUGAAGAUUUGGCGAUGGAACUGUUAUUGGAGCACAGCUUUUUAGCAUCAGCCGCUCUCGAGCACAUCUCCGAAUUUGGCCUCGAAGAUCUCAGCAUGGCCCUUGUGGGCUUGUCUGGGGACCUUUCAGCUUGCUCCACUCGUUUCCAGCUUGCAGCCCAAAACGCCGCGGAGCAGUGGAUUCAGCGAAGUGACUCCAUCGACAGGACCCCAAGAAUGCCAGUGCUGGACUCGGACUUCCAAGGGCAGGAGCUGCUGUCGAUCUUGUUUUCCUGCACCAUGGCUGGCUGUCCUUCCUCCCGUUUACGACGAAGUGCCUCGGCCUCCCUGCGCCACCAGGGCCGACGCCUCGACACUGCGCGGCGUGAGACCUACACGCCGUUCCUGGCAGCGUCGAGCGAGACGGCGGCGCGGCUGGAGGAUCGGUGUGUUUGGAUGAAGCCUGCGGGGUGGGAGGUUUUUGGAGGACACGGAGGACUCCGUCAGUUAAAGGAUUAUGUCAUCAGUUUGGAAGCAUCCAAAGAGACCAUCCCCAUUUUGAGAGACGAAAAACACAACUUUGGCUUUCUGCACCGACUGGACGUGCCCAGCUCAGGGCUGAUCUUAGAGGCACGAACAUAUGAAGCCUUCUAUGACCUCCAAGUCCAGCUACACAGUGGCGAGAUCUCUCGUGAGUAUUCCGUCCUUUGCCAUGGCUGGCUUCCCACCUCCGUCCAACACGUCGAUGCGAGCACCUGCAGCCUGAGGGACCAGCCCACGCGGUCGGGAGGACGUGGAAAACUCAGCAGAACAGCGCUGAGCGUCUCAGGGUACCUGGGUGGUGUGACCAGCUUCAGCUUGUUGCUGGUGAAGAUUCUCACGGGGCGCAAGCAUCAGAUCAGGAGUCAUUUGGCGCACAUUGGACAUCCCACUCUGCGGGACAAGAUGUACAGCAGCCAGUGGGUCUUCAUCUCCGACGGUUCGUGGUGUUCUCGGAAUUGGCUUCACCGGCAUCGCAUCGUCUUUGUGGAUAGGAGUCGACGGACCUGCGAGGCCUCAUGUCAGUUGCCCAAAGACUUGGAAGACUCACUCUCCCACUUGGAAGGCGUCGAACGCGGACGACUGACUUCGCCACCAGGACGACUUGGGAGACUCUCCCCCUUCGUUGCUGCUCCGAAGGGUCGGAAGCUCAGCCGGUCCUGGUCGGAGGUCGACGUGGCGGGGUCCGCGAAAACGAUGUUGGCUUUUGGAUGGGAUCCUUGUUGGAAAGCCACCAGAGUCUGA